AUGUCAAAAAUUGUGGUUGUUGAUAAUGGUUCCUUUAGUAUUAAGGCAGGAUUCGCUGGAGAGCCUCUUCCAAGGGUAUGUUUGCCAAAUUGUAUUGGCAAAGUUCGCAGAAGAGAGAGAAUUUACACGUGUGAUCAAAUAUAUACCUUAAAUGAGUAUUUUUCUCAUCAUCCAUUUUCGGAAGGACUUUUGAUAGAUACUGCUUUACAAAGUGAUAUAUGGAAGUAUACAUUUAAUAAGUUAAAUAUAAAUCCACUGGAGUGCACUAUUUUGGUUACUGAGCCAUUUUUAAAUCCAACACCUCUACAACAUAGUUUGUCAGAGCUUAUAUUUGAGGAUUUCCAAUUCGAAAGUGCUAUAAUAUCAACUUGUCCUCAACUAAUACCUUUUGCCUUUACUCCUAUUCAAAUACCUAAUGCAACUUCUGAGCAAGAUAUUAAUCCCUGUUAUUUAGUUUUGGAUUGUGGAUACCAGUGUUGUAAUAGUGUUCCUAUGUAUCAAGGCACUCCAAUUGAGAGCGGCUGUAGAAGACUUGAUAUUGGGGGAUAUUACUUGGAUCUGCUACUUAAAAAUUUUCUUGCAUAUAGACAAAUUGAUCUUUCUCAAAAUGCCUUUUUAGUAUCAAAAAUAAAAGAAAUAGCUUGUUAUGUAUCUACAGAUUUUGAGAAAGAUUUGUUGCAAUUUUCAUCAGAUAAACACGGUGAUAGAUCUCUAGAUCAUUGGGUUAAAUUACCUGAACCUUCUUCAUCUCUUAGCAAGAGUAGCCAGUUUUACAAUGAAGAAUGUAUUGCACCUGAUCCUAAUGAAUUUAUUUCGGAACUUCCGGAGGAAUUGGUUGGGAUACAGGGUAUGUAUAACAAAGGUAUGAAGAUGUCCCAAACUCAAUUUGUAAAACUUUCUACAGAAAGAAUAACAAUUCCCGAGAUCCUAUUCCGACCUUCUGAUGCAGGUUUUAAUAUGGAGGGAAUUUCGGAAAUGGUAGUAACAUCUAUAAAGUCCUGUCCUAUUCAUCUGCAGCCCCUAUUGGCUAGCAAUAUUCUUGUUUCAGGAGGAUCUAGCAAGUUCAGGAAUUUCCAUACAAGACUACAAAUGGAUCUAACUCAAAUGUUACCUUCGGGUUGGGAAGUAAAUGUAAGGAAAGCAGAUGUAAACCCUCAGUACGUAGCCUGGAGUGGAGCUUCUAUAUGGAGUUCUUCUCCUGGAUUUAUGGGAUAUACUACAUCACGUAGACAAUAUCAUGAAGCUGGAAAGAAUUAG